CUGCUUCACCCCGUUUCUCGUUAUGUCGGAGACGUCCGUAACAACAAAACCGCCAGCUACCAAUUCAGCAUCAUCAUCGUCCAAAAACGCUACAAAGCCAAGGAAGCGGUUCGUUGGUAGCAAGAGCGCGACUCCCUCAAAGCCUGGGUACUCUCCGGUCGUCGCAAACCAGAUACCCCCGGACAUUCUCAACGACGCGCAACUGAAUGCGGCUAUAAAGCAACUGCCUGCAAACUACUCCUUUGAAAUUCACAAGACAAUACACCAUGUCCGAAAGAAUCAGGCCAAGAUGGUGGCUCUGCAGAUGCCGGAAGGUUUGCAGAUGUUUGCUUGCACCAUCGCGGAUAUCAUCGAACGGUUCACCGACGCCCUCACCGUGAUCAUGGGAGAUGUCACCUAUGGGGCUUGUUGCAUCGACGACUACACAGCCGUUGCGCUAGGCUGUGACAUGCUUGUUCAUUACGGGCACAGCUGCCUUGUGCCUAUCGACCAGACCACCAUCAAAACGCUAUAUGUCUUCGUCGAAAUUUCCAUAGACUCCUCUCACCUCCUCCAAACUAUCCGCCUCAACUUCCCAAGCGACCGGCAACGAUUCCGCGAGUCACUCUUGGACUCUGAGGAGCAGAAUGCACAAAUACCGGCCGGUCAAACGCUGGCUGGCGGGGGACAUCUACGAAUAGAGGGCCCCGAGUCCGUUGAAAUGGCCGCCCAAGAUUCGACAGAACAUCUCUCCAACCCUGGCUCUAGCACCGCGUCUCCAUAUCCCACUCGUCUAGCCUUAGUGUCGACCAUCCAAUUCGUCGCGGCGCUCUCUCGCUUGAAAGACGACCUGUCUGUCGAGUUCUUAGAAAAUCACGACCCGUCAGCCCCGGUGGGGCUGAUUACAGGCGCAGAGGGAGCCCCCAACGAGGCUUGCCAAGAUCUAGGAAAACCUCGCCUCUGGAGGGGGCGGUACGAGGCUUCGAUACCGAGGUCAAAGCCUCUUUCGCCUGGUGAGAUCCUUGGAUGCACUGCUCCACAGCUGAACGAGGUCGACGCUCUCCUAUACCUUGGAGACGGCCGGUUCCACCUCGAAUCUAUAAUGAUCGCAAAUCCGGAUGUCCCCGCAUUCCGCUACGACCCCUACUCGAAGAAGCUCACGAGGGAACGAUAUGACCAUGUCGAGAUGCGCACCGUCCGCGACGAGGCCGUUCAAACUGCACGACGCAGCAUCACCGCUCAUGCAUCUCAUUCGCAAACUUCCACGGUCGCCACCCCCUCACCUUCCUCUUCCCCCUCUCCUCCAAUGUGGGGCGUCAUACUGGGGACGCUCGGGCGCCAGGGCAGCUUUAAGCAGCUCCGUGCAAUCACUCAACAACUCGCAGGCGCGCCCGCUCCGAUUCCUUACAUGCCCAUCCUCCUCUCAGAGCUCUCCCCUGCGAAACUCGCGCUUUUCGAUCCGCACCUCGCGGCGUUUGUGCAGACGUCGUGUCCGCGGCUGUCGAUCGAUUGGGGCUACGCCUUCCAGCGGCCACUCCUCAGCCCGUACGAAACCGCGGUCGCUGUCGGGAAGGCCCCUGGGUGGAUGGCGACUGGCGAGGGGGAUAGCAGGGAGCGCGCGCGGAAGGGCGGAGUAUAUCCCAUGGAUUUUUACUCUGCGGGCAGCCCAUGGGCAGUCGCGCGGACGAAGGCGAUGUAUUGAUUUGACCGUGAUCGGGUGCAUAGUAUCAAGCGUGUAUCGGUAUAGUACCUUUGU